AUGACUGCGGACUCCAAAAGACUGAUUGAUAAUAACUCUGUUGUGGGAGAAGAAGCCACAAAAAAACAAAAAACUGAGUCAUCUUCUGAAAUCGGCAUUGCUGGCUCAUUUUCGGAGAACUUGCUCACCGACGAACAAGCUAAGGGGGCUUUGAAAGUUUCAAUUGAGACAUCAGGCCCAUAUAAACAUGGUGUCAUAAAACCGCUAAUAAAUGAUGAAUUGCUGCGAAAAGUUCGAACAGAGAUUUUGAAUGAGUUACAUUUUACGAGAAAAGAAACCGAUAUUUAUAAAGUCAAUCAGACUGGAGAUUUGGCUAAUUUGUCUGGUCUUGAUGAGGAAGAACUUUCCAAGCUGGCAUCAUUAGCUAAAUUGAGAGAAGCACUGUAUUCAAAAGAAUUUAGAGAAUAUCUUAGUUACGUUGCCCAAUCCGGUCCUUUAUCGGGUGUUAAACAAGAUAUGAGUAUCAACUUGUACGACAAAGGAUGUCAUUUAUUAAACCAUGAUGAUGUUAUUGGAUCUCGUAGAAUAUCGUACAUCUUGUAUUUGACAGACCCCGAUAAGGCUUGGAAAGCGAAGUGGGGAGGUGCACUACGUUUGUAUCCUACUGUUGUUCCUAACAUUCCAGAGGCGGACUGGAGUGUCAGUCUUCCACCAGCUUGGAACCAGUUGUCGUUCUUCACCGUACAACCUGGCCUCAGUUUCCAUGAUGUUGAAGAGGUUUCUUUUGACAAGCCGCGUUUAUCGAUUUCGGGCUGGUUUCAUAUUCCCCAGAAAGGUGAAGAGGGCUUUGUUGAGGGUGAACAAGAGGAGACUGAAGCCAGAAGCUCACUCAGGCAACUUCAGAGUCGAGAGCUUCUAGACUAUGAUUUCCCUAAGAGAGAUUUCAUGAGCUACGAUCUUGAGAACACUAGUGCGGGUUCUGAUUUUACAGACGAGGACAGGAAAUAUCUCUCUAAAUUUCUAAAUCCUAAGCACCUCACCAAUGAGGCCAUAGCCGAAUUGAGUGAAAACUUCGGAGAUAAUUCUAUGCUAUCAAUUGAAGGGUUUUUGAAUCCUGAAUAUUCUGAAAUUGCUAAAGGUUUGAUUGACGGAGAAGAUUUAUCACCAAAUAUGCCAAAGCACUCGUCUGAAGUAACGGAGCCCUGGAAACUGGCCCGACCACCCCAUAAACAACGGUAUCUAUAUUUGGAUGGGCCUGAUAGCGAGCAUAGUGUGGAUAAGUUGCCAAAAACUGAAAAGUUACUUGUCGAGCUGGGUCAGCUUUUUCAUCAUGUGUCGUUUCGAAAAUGGCUUUAUUGUAUUUCAACAUUUACUCCAACCGAGGGUUCUUGUAUAGCAAGGCGGUUCAGACCGGGUUAUGAUUUCACUUUGGCAACUUCUCAUGACUCAGAGGAACAGGUUCUUGAAGCCACUCUUUCACUUACUCCCUCGGAGGGAUGGGGUGAUGGUGAAUUAGGUGGUUAUGAUCUUUGUAUGGCGGUCGAUGAGGAGGACGAAGAUGACCCUGCAGUCUACAAAGGAGGUAGCAAGGAGAAGGAUGAAGAUUCAGUCUUGUUUACUAACCAGCCUUCCUGGAAUGUGUUCCACUUAAUUGUUCGUGACAAAGGUUUGCUGAGAUUUGUGAAAUACGUAAGCAAGAGUGCUCCAGGUAGUCGAUGGGAUUUAACUGCUGAGUGGAAGGUAGCGCCUGAAGAUGAGGAUGAGGAAUAG